AUGUCCCCGUCGUCGACGGGUGACUCCCCCUGCUCGGCCACGGGCAACGCUGGGAGGCCCUUUCAUGUACCGUCGCGCGAGACUUUCAACAUUGAGGUGCCCUCGCCUUCAAUGACCAACGGCAUACACCCUUUGAAGUCGCCUACAUCGCUCAAGACACAAAGAACGCCAAGUUUCAGCAGAGAUGGGAUUCUCGGCUCGGCACAAAAGGCGCGGAAUAUGUCUCACUCGUCCGAGAACCGCCCAGAGGCUCUGGCCAAUGGCAUGGACAAGGCGCCCAGCGACGAAGGUUCCAACCCGCUCAAGAGGCGGAACACGGACGCCGGCAUCGACUACCCCCGGAGGAGGGCUACAAUCGCGUGCGAAGUGUGCCGGUCCCGCAAGUCCCGCUGCGAUGGAACCAAGCCCAAGUGUAAGCUCUGCACCGAGCUGGGCGCCGAGUGUGUCUACAGAGAGCCUGGCAUCAAGCUCGACGCCGGUGACAAGUUGAUCCUGGAGCGUCUGAACCGCAUUGAAAGCCUGCUGCAGAUGAACAUGGUUGCAGGGCAGGGCAACGGCAUCGCCAUCAACCAAGAGUCGCCCUCCAUGAGCAAUGGAUCGGGGCUCAACGGAGAGAGCAUAAUGGGAGUCUCGGGUUCCGGGAACAUCGUCUCCGUCAUCCCCAACGGCGGCCUGGGCACUUGGAAUAACCCGACCAACAUCUCGACCAUGCCCAAGAUGCACACCAACGCCGCUCUCCACUUACUGCAGUGGCCACUCAUCCGCGAUCUCGUCUCCCGACCUUAUGAUCCGCAGGUCCUGCUCCAGCUCGAAAUGGCGCGCGAGCCUCUGCACUCGCUCACAAAGACACCGUGCGUUGACCUAUCAAACACGACCGCCUACAUCGAAGCCUACUUCGAGCGGGUGAACGUAUGGUACGCCUGCGUCAACCCCUACACCUGGAGAAGCCAUUAUCGAACGGCUCUCUCCAACGGGUUCCGCGAGGGCGCAGAAAGCUGCAUCGUCCUGCUGGUCCUGGCCCUGGGCCAAGCGAGUUUGAGAGGCAGCAUCUCGAGGAUCGUCCCCGGGGAAGAUGCGCCCGGCUUGCAGUACUUCACCGCCGCAUGGGCGCUUUUGCCAGGCAUGAUGACGUCCAACAACGUUCUGGCGGCCCAGUGUCACUUGCUGGCUUCGGCCUAUCUGUUCUAUCUCGUGCGGCCGCUCGAGGCCUGGAACCUCCUCUGCACUACGAGCACGAAGUUGCAGCUCCUACUCAUGUCACCGAAUAGGGUCCCGCCAAACCAACGAGAGCUGACGGAGCGGAUCUACUGGAACUCGCUGCUGUUUGAGAGCGACCUGCUGGCCGAGCUGGAUUUGCCACACUCGGGCGUUGUCCAGUUCGAAGAGAACGUCGGCCUGCCUGGCGGGUUCGAGGGUGAGGAACAGGAAGCGAUUGGCCGUGACGAUCUCUGGUACUUCUUGGCUGAGAUUGCCUUGCGGCGGCUUCUCAACAGAGUCAGCCAGCUGAUCUACUCGAAAGACUCAAUGGCUUCCACCACCAGCCUGGAGCCUGUGGUGGCGGAACUCGACUUUCAGCUGACGCAAUGGUAUGAGAGCCUGCCCAUGCCGCUGCAGUUUCCCUUCACCCGCAACCUGCUCUCCGACCCGGUGCAGACGGUGCUGCGCCUGCGGUUCUUUGCUUGCCGCACAAUCAUCUACCGCCCGUACAUCUUGGCCGUAUUGGACAACGAACAGGCAGUCCUGGACCCUGCGGUGCGCGACAGUUGCCACAAGUGCCUGGAAGCCUCCAUCCGGCAAUUAGAGCACAUUUCUCAACAUCAUGCCGGCCACAUGCCCUAUCUGUGGCAAGGGGCCCUCUCCAUCGUGUCGCAGACGCUACUAGUCAUGGGUGCAACCAUGUCUCCUUCUCUCAGCAGCAUCCUCCUCACACUCGUACCUCAUCGGGAAACUAUCGACCAGAUUAUCAAUGACGUGGUGAUGGAGAUUGAGCGAUAUUCGACCCUGGCCCCUAGCCUGAGCCUAGCAGCAGAGAUUAUCAAAGAGGCCGAAGUGAGAAGGAGGGCAUACCUGAGCGGAUGA